GCGGCCUCUUCCUGAAAACUUCACCUAUUCUGCCAUGUCUUCCCAAUUGUGUUCUAUUUUCCGCUUCGAUUCCCCUUCCAACAGGUGAGAUCUUGGCAUCUGGUUUGCGCCAAAGCUAGGGUUUUGGUCCGCGGGAAUGGAUCAGCAGCCUGGCCACCCCGCCCCUCCGGUGAUCGGCGUCGCCACCGGGGUCCCCUAUGCCGCCGCAUCGGGCACCUACCAGGCUUACCAGAACCUUUACCACCAGCAGCAACAGCAGCAGCAGCAGCAGCUCCAGAUGUUCUGGGCCGACCAGUACCGCGAGAUCGAGCAGACCACCGACUUCCGGAACCACAGCCUGCCGCUCGCCCGGAUCAAGAAGAUCAUGAAGGCCGACGAGGACGUGCGCAUGAUCGCCGCCGAGGCUCCCGUGGUGUUCGCCCGAGCCUGUGAGAUGUUCAUCCUGGAACUCACCCACAGGUCGUGGGCUCACGCGGAGGAGAACAAGCGGCGGACGCUGCAAAAGAAUGACAUUGCGGCGGCAAUUAGCCGCACUGAUGUGUUUGAUUUUCUCAUCGAUAUCGUGCCGAGGGAGGAAGGGAAGGAAGAUGUUGCCCACGCUCUUGGAGCCCCACCUUCUGACCCCCUCUCCUACUACUAUGUCCCAAAGUAGCAGCGGAGGCAAUGUGAAUCUGAGUAAUCCCUCUGCAUUCUCGUUUGCAUGAAUGGAUUAGUGUGAUUAUAGACUUAGGUUAUGGGGUUAAGCCUGUUGUAAUGAUGUUAACUGAAAUCUAAUUUCGACUAGAACUUGCUUACCAUGGCUGGUGACUAGUUCUUGGUGGUGGUUUUAUUGCAUGUAAUUUUAUGACAAGCAUAUGUUAUCUGAUGUGCUGCUAUAGAUCUUGAUUCUUUUAGGUU